UUCUGAGAACGAUUCGCACAGGAGGAACCAUGCUUUUAACGACCGCGUCCUUAUUUGCGCUUUUGAGCGUCUGCAACGCUGGGUUGCUGAGAUUCGAUCCAAGGAUCGUGAACGGAGAAGAUGCUAAGUUAGGAGAAAUUCCGUACCAGGUGUCCCUCCAAAAUAAAGACAGUUCGUUCCAUUUCUGUGGCGGAUCCGUUCUUAACGAAAACUAUGUCAUCACCGCAGCUCAUUGCGUUUCUGGCAAAACGCCAGCAGGCAUUAAAGUCAUUGCUGGUACCAUUAACUUAACCCAACCAAAGUCUGAACACAACGUCGUAAAGAUCAUCAGCCACGAACAAUACAACGAGAAUGACUCGUGGAAGAACGACAUCGCUCUUCUCAAGGUCGAGAAACCGUUCGUGAAAUCCAAACAAAUUGCUUUCGUACCUCUGCCAUCGAAAUCCGAUGUUAUUCACGCUAAUGAUAUCGCUGUUGUCUCUGGAUGGGGUAGACUCUCGCUUGGAGGUCCAACGACUGUUCGCCUCCAACGAGUGAACAUCUACAUCGCCGACCCCGAAUACUGCCGAUACAUAUACAACAAACGCGGCUACAACAUCUAUGACAGUCACGUUUGCGCUUAUGACCCAAGCACGGCGAAGGGAUCUUGCAACGGUGACUCUGGUGGUCCAUUGACUGUCAACGGAAAACUCACGGGUCUCGUAUCUUGGGCAAUGGGUUGUGCCCGCACUGACUACCCAACUGUCUACACACGUGUAGCAUCUCAUCUCGACUGGAUAAAAUCACACGCCGUUUAAAUGCAACCACUGAAACGUAAAUCGAACAUCAACCGCAACAAAAAAAAAUACAAGUGAAAAUCCAAGUUUUGACGAGCUAGUGAAC